AUGAACUCUGUGUCCACACAAGACCAAUGGCUAGUCAUACAACAGAAGACAUUUCUCAACUGGGCAAACGAACAUCUCAUUCACAGCAACAGAUCUAUAGACAACCUGGCUUCUGAUCUCUGUGAUGGAGUCAAUCUGGUGGCACUGGUGGAGGCGCUACAGUAUCAGAAGAUUGGGAAAGUUUAUUCCAAGCCGUCAACCAGAAUCCAGAUGUUACACAAUGUGUCCCUGGCUCUACAGGCCAUAGCAGACGACAACGUCAAACUAGUUAAUAUCGGCACUGAUGACAUUGUGGGCGGGAACCUGAAGCUUAUCCUAGGCCUGCUGUGGCGCCUGAUCAUCCGCUACCAGAUCACCUCCAGCAAAGCCAAGGCUCCACCAAGUAGGUUGAUGUUGACCUGGUUCCAGAAUGCACUGAGGCCCCUAACUGUCUCCAACUUUACAACAGACUGGAAGGAUGGCAUCGCUUUACAUGCCCUAUUGGAGUUUUGUAAACCAGGACUUUCUCCACAUUGGCGACAACUAUCACCAAACAACAGUCUACAGAACUGUCGCCUGGCAAUGCAGCUUGCCAAAGAUCAUCUGGCUGUACCAAAAAUGAUCAGCGCUGAGGACUUUUGCAGCCCGAACCUGGACGAACAAUCUGCAAUGACCUACUUGUCCUAUUUUAUCCGAAAGAGUUCCCCAGGAUAUUACGGGACAUUGAACUGGAUCUGUAAACAGCUGAAGACCCCAAACAUCAGUAACCUAACAACAGACUGGAAUGAUGGCUAUUAUCUCUGUGCCCUGGUACAUUCUUUUGGCGGAGAGGUCAAAGGCUGGCCACAGUUAGAGAGAAGAGACCACAUAGCCACGUGUCAGUUGGGUCUGGACGGUGCACAGAAGCUGGGCGUGGAGCCCAUGUUUACGGCGUCGGAGCUGGCAGAUCCUAGCAUCGACCACCUGACACUGAUGGUCUAUUUGAGUAAAUUUAAAAACAUAAGUCAACAGAAGAGCAACACGCAGUCAUGUGUACUGGACUGUCAGUUACAAGAUGUCACAGUUGGAAAUCUGGUGACAUUUCAAAUUGUUGCUGUAGACUCGAAAUGCAAAAGAAACAAAGUCGAGGCCCUGGUUACGGGCCCUUCUGGGCCAGUCGACUGUCAGAUCAGCUGGGGUGACACAGUGGCUAUGGGUAGCUUCCUACCUCUCGAGGAAGGCAGUCACCAGCUUCAUGUCUUAUAUGGCGAGCAAGAAAUCGAUGGGUGUCCUGUCAACUUCAUUGUCGGGCUGGACAUAAACCAGAUUCAGGUCAAUUGUGAAAAACAGCAGUGUCCAGUUGGUCAACUAUGUAGAGUACAGAUUGCAUGUUCACGUGAACAGUGUGAUUCUGUGUACGUUCGUCUGACCAGUCCUUCUGGAGAAGUGAAAAACCUGGACAAAGUUCAAACUGUAAACGGACUGGAGUCAUCCUUUCAGCCCAAUUGUGUUGGAAAAUGGAAGUAUGAGAUACGUGGGAGUGGUCAACAGGUCAUCGCCGGAGAAGUCCACGUCUAUGAGCCUGAACUGCUAACUGUUGCUGACGAAAGAGUCCUGGAUCAGGAGAACACUUCAGUGCUGGGUUUCCCGAAGAACACAGACGUAGAGGAUCAUGUGGAGGUGUUUGUGUCAGGGGAAGGCAUCAGUCAGGCCACUCGAGGCCAGGAGACCUACUUCACUGCCCGUUCGCCUGGACGUGGUGCGGAGAUCACUGCUGACCUCCAAGUGUGUGGUCAAAGAGUGCCCUGUUCCAGAGAAAUGAAAGACAACGAUGAGACUGAAUUUUGCUACGUUCCCACAACAGCUGGCACAUACACGGUACACGUGUACUGGCAACGCAAGCAGGUGGCUGGGUCUCCCUUCACCGUGCACGUGAUAGACAGGUCACAGGUCACCCUUGUGGAGGACCUGCGAGAGCUGACAGAUGACAACGGACGCUUGGCACUGGAGUAUGGCAAACCAACAGAGUUAAACCUUGAUGUGGCAUUGGCUGGUCCAGGUAUAUUCAAAGCUGAAGUGCUUAGUCCAGGAGGGAAGUUACCAGUUGACAUCAGUCAAACGGAACACCGAGGGACUGUAUCAUUUGUGACAUUGCACGAAGGAGAUCAUUACAUCCAUCUUUACUGGUCACAUGUGCCUUUGGAGUUCAGCCCUCUACACGCUUACUGUCCGGGCCCACCCCUUCCUAUAGAUGCCAGCAAGGUCAGAGUUGAGGGUCAUGGAGCAGAAGCAGCAAGAGCCACAGUCCCUGCUGAGUUCAUCAUCAAUGGCAUGCAAGCUGGCCCAGGUGCGCCUAGGGUGAGAAUGCAAGGCAUUCAUGCAGAUCUACCUGUGGUCAUGAAGGCACUGAAGUAUGACAGGUACCUGUGUAGAUACACAUCGACAGUGCCAGGUAGCUUUCUGCUGUACGUCUACUGGUCGGACCAGCUGUUGCCCACCUGCCCCUUCAAGGUCGCUGUCAAUGCCAAAGGUGAUGCAAGCAAGGUCUGGGUGUCCGGUGAAGGUCUCAGGGGUGGAAUAGCCAAUCAUGAGCUGAUGAUAUUUAUAGACACACGAGAGGCAGGUCCAGGGGAAGUAACUGCUGACUGCCAUAGCAACAGACACAGUGCCCGCUGUGACAUCAAAGAGGAGGGCGAUGGGGGUUACACUCUGAGAGUGCUGCCCACAGAGUCGGAGAAACAUGUCUUACACAUCAAAUAUGACGGCCAGCACGUGCCAG